AUUUUGUUCUACAGCCAAAACGGUUUUCCGAACGACAUACACACUUACGCACUGUUGUCGGGCAUCUGGACAUCGUCGUUCUCCCUAGGUGCAUUUUUGGGCCCGUCGAUAGCUGGCGUUCUGUACGACUUGGUCGGGUUCGAAAACGGCACGUACUUUGAGAUUUCAUUGCACAUCGUAUUGGGUAUCACGCUGAUAAUGUUCGUGUGCCUGGAACCACGGCCUUCCGACAAGUCCGUGGUGAACGGCAUGACCGACUCGACCGUCGGGAUCGCGGACAGCGGGGACGCGGUUGACCCGACCAGUGCGGCGGUGGUGCCGGAUUCCGCCAUGAAGUCUCCCAUCUACACCAUCAACGGGCAACACUCGUUCCGGUCCAGCCACCGGUUCGGUUCGACUUACGGCAGCUCUUGCCCGGUCACGUCACUAUCGUCGAUGGCCAUCAACAGCGAGGCCAGGAUCGAAGCCCAGGGCAGCCCGCCGGCCGUCGAGUCCCGGAUCUAGACCGCCACCCUCCCCCACCCACAACCAAUUCACACUCACCAAAAAAAAAAACAACACUGUAUUUUGAUGAUUAUAAUACAACGAUAACGAUGCAAACCGCCACAAUCCCACCCACACAGUUUCUAUACCUAUGUAGUCUUUACACCGUGCACAUAAUGAUAACAGCAUUAUUAGAUAAGACUUACCCUUACACAUAAUAUAUGCGUGUAUAUUAUCAUUAUAGUUGGUUAUGUCCAACCGUGGUUCCACCUUCCCCUCGUCACUUCCACCAUAGACAACACACGUGGAUUUGGUCUGAACUACCCACAUUCAACAUUAAUAAUAGUACAGCGUACAAUACAUUGUUAUAAACCUGCAGCUUACCGCGCGUGUUUGCCUGGUUAAUCGAAAAUAGUGUUUUAUAGAUAUCGUUCGAGAUGUAAUAUUAUCAGUUAGAAAAUAUAAUAGAGUUAAAAUAUUAUUA